UGACAAAGCCCAGCAACAGUAGAUACACUCAUACGCAACCGCACUCUUUUCGCUGGAACUGCGUUUCCCCCCUUUCGGUGAAUUCUACGGUUUCAGCACAUUCGAUUCGGAGCUCUCCUCUUCUUCGCCGCCGUUUCGAGCUUCUACCAGCAAAUUAGGACCUAAUUCGUUGAAUGUCCUUAGCUCAUGUUUCUUUCUGGUCUUCUCAUUCUUCAAUGGCUGAUCAUUUCAAGGUGUUUGCAUUGGGAUUUCUGUUAGGAUGGGGCCAAAGGCUGAUCAUGCAUCUGUGGAGAAGUCGCAAGCCUAAAUCUCCAAUUGAAGCAGAAUUGUCAGCCCUUUCAGAGGAGUUUGGAAGAGACCUUCGAGAGUUGGCUAAAAAAUAUCGUGGCCUGGAGGAUCGCAAUUAUGGUCGUGAAUUAGUAGAGCUCUAUACAGAGUACACUCGUAAAGUAGUGCCAUUAGAGAGGGCUCUCUUUGGACAGGACGAGAGGUAGAGAUGUUGAACCUGUAAUGGAUAUGGGUUAGGCCUGGCAAGUAAGAGGUAGGGCUUGUAUUUAUAUGUUUAGGUCUGACGGUUGAGCAUAGAUUGUUAUCUACUAAGACCUGAUUUUGAUCUGAAUCUAACCAGUUUAAAAGUUAUGUUUGGCAUGAAGCUUUUUUUUUUUUUUUUAAAUAUGUCUAAAAAAAUAAAAAGUAGUAAUCCUCUUUUAACACGAUACUAAGUUUAUCUUCAAAUUAGUCACUAAUCCAAUCCAUGUGUUCUUAGUCGAUUGGAUUUUUGGCUUCUAAAUCUUGAGAAAAUGAUGCAAGCGUAGCUAAGCUCAAACAGUCAAAAGUGGAUUGGAUCUGACCAAGGGCGUUCCAUAAAAUCUGUCUUAAAAGUGGAGCCAUUGAGUUCACUCAAUCGGUUAUAUAUUGUAGAAGUCGAUUUUAAAAUUUGGUAAACAUGAUUUUUUCAUGGUUGUACAAGGAAACCCCUUCAGGAUUGGGCCAGCCGCCAGCCACGUACCACACUGCUGUUUGAGUUCAUGGUGAACUUCGUGCCGCUGUCUGAACUCCAUGCUGCCUGAAUUAUGCCGCCGCUGCCGCCGAAAGCGGGAAUUCCACCACCGGUCACUGCCACUACUACUGGACUGAUGCACCACCAACAAAAUUCAUUCAGUCGGUUAUAGUGUACAUUGAAGAAGUGCAAACAUAGAAGUGGAUUUUAAAAUUUGGUAAAGAUGAUUUUUUCAUGCUUGUACAAGGAUACCCUUGCAGGGUUGGGCCAGCCACCAUGCUGCCGUUUGAGUUCAUGGCGGAGCGCGUGCCGCUGUCUAAAUUCCGCCGCCGCCGGACGCAGGAAUUCCACCACCGCCGCCGCCAUUGCUACCGGACUGACCCGCCACUAAUGAAUUGAACUUGGUUAUGCAUGACUCCUAUUUAAAGAAACAGAGUAUUUUACUCUUAUUUUUGUUGAUAGAAUAUUGUACUCUGACAAUUACUUUUAUAUAUACGAUGUCAAGCCUAAGCACCUAGCUGUUGAAUGAAGUGUUUCAAACUAGGGCGGACUCUGUUAAAAAACAAAUAUUCCUCUGACUAUGAAAAAGUUUUGGACUUUGUUA